AUGGAAAAGAUACACGCAUGAAAAUAGAAUAUGACAGCGAGAGAGAGAGAGAGAGAGAAAUAUAUAUAUAUACAUACACAUAUAUAGAAAGAGAAAAGGAAAGAUAGAAAAAGGAAUAUUAGAAAUAUUUCCAAGAAAAAAACGUAAUCGAUAGAGAAAAGUAAAAAGGGCUUAAGGAAAAGAAACAUAAUAGAACUAAAUGGAAGGACAUAUUAGAAGCAUAUUCGAAAGAAAAGAAAAAUAGACAGAACGAGAUAGAGAAGAGAAAUGAAAGGAUAAAACGAGAAAAGAAAAGGAAACAGAAAAAGAGAAAGAAGAAGAAGAAGGAUUUAAAAAAAGAGAAAAAUAAAAAGGAAAAGAAAAGGAAAAAGAAUAGAGGAAGAGAGAAAAAAGAAGCAUGUUUAAAAAAAAAGAAAAAGAAAGCAAAAAAAGGAAAAAUAGAAGAAAGGAAUAAAGAAUAAGGAUAGUGACGUCGACUGGAACGUUUCCAGGAGCGUAUCAAAAGGGUGAAAGAGUAACCUGUUGCGGCGCACGCAUACUAUAUCUCUCUUUCUCACUUUCUCUCUUGUCACCCUUUCCAAUAUAGUCCAGGCAACUCUCUUCUUCUUCUUUCUCACUCUUUGAACUGAGCCUCCCACCACCAUCACCAUCGCUACCACCACUACCACCACAACCAUCGACACUACUACCAGCAACAGACCAGUACCAGCACCAGUACCAGCACUACCAGGUUUGCCACCACCUCCAACCAUGUUCGCCGUUGCUGAUUGCACACGAGCCCAGGCUUAGAUAGAAGCAGAACAAACUUAACUGAAGUUUCCCAAGCUCGGAAAGCGUUUACCAAGUUUAAAGAAAAAGAAAGGGGAGAAGAAAAGAAAGGUAAAGAAUAGAAAAGAAAAGAAAAGGAAAGAUUAAAAAGAGGGAGAAAGAAAAGAAGAAAGGUUUGAAUAAAAUUUUCGUGCGACUUUAUUUUAAAAUUGUGAUCUUGGACGCGUUCGUCAAAGUGCCGGAUAAAUUGUCGGAAGUCCUGGGGGAUGUUCUGGAGUUAGCAUGCGGAGGAGGAGGAGGAGGAGGUGGGGGUGGGGGAGGGACAGGAGGUGCUUCUGGUUCUGGUUCUGGAAAAAAUACUACGGAGAAAGGAACGAGUUCCUCCGGUGGUGGAAGUGCAGCGAGCAAGAUCGGCAUGGUCACGGGAGUGGCCAUCAUCAGAGGGAAAUGGGCUCAAAGAGGGAGCAGGUCACCUCUUUCAAGUGUUGCCAAUACUGACAGUGCUGACAGUACGACUUCGACUAGUUCAGAGGAAUUCAACAUCGCCAAGGAACAACACACUAUACAACCCUCAUCGAUAAUGGUUGAAUCAGGUGGUUUACCACAUCAAAGUCGUAGUUAUCCGUGUGGUGGUGGGGGAAGUGCAAGUGGACGAGCCCUUGGAAGAAAUUCAUCCGUCAGCUCGCAAAGUUCUCAAGAAGGUGCCUCAGGUCCUUCUGCUCAUCGUGGUUCUUCGCCUCAAAUCAGAGCAUUUGGACCCGAUGGACGUCAUCAUCAACAACAUCACCACCAUCAUCAUCACCAUCAUCAUGAUCCUUUACAUGCUGCUUCAUCGUAUCCACCGAGCAGAAGUUCGAGAUCACCAUCACCAGCAAGAACAGCAUCACUGGAUGCAAGAUGUGGAAGUCCAGCGAGUUAUUCCGGAAGUCUACACAGCGGAAAUGCUUCACCCUCUCAAAGUUCUCUAUCGUCAUUAGCAACAGGCGUUAGUUCAUCUUGCGGAUGUCCUUCGAUUAGUGGUAUCCAGGGAACGCCAAGAGCUAGUCGUUGUCUUUCACCACUUCUCAUUCCUCCCCCACGUGCUUCUAUUAGCGAUGGUGGUCCAGCACCUCCAGCAUCACCUUUAGGUUCGCUUCAACCAGAUCUUUAUCAAAGAAGAGAUGGUCCAGUAUUUUUAAGCGCUCGAAGAACUGGUAAAAGCCUUGGCCGAUUGCAUCUACGUUUGAAGUAUGAUUUCGAUCGAUCCGAUCUCCACGUUCAUCUAAUCGAAGCACAUGAUCUAGCUGGCAGCGAUCAAGGCGGUUUCAAUGAUCCUUAUGUGAAACUAACACUCAGUCCUGAAGUCGACGCACGCAAGAGGCAAACGCCGAUUCAUAGAAACGAUCCUAAUCCUUUUUUCGAUCAACACUUCAAGUUUCCAGUCAGCUAUGAAGAAUUACAGGACAAGACAUUGGUUCUACAGGUAUUCGAUUACGAUCGUUUCUCAAGAAACGACAUUGUAGGAUCGGUUAGGGUCGCGAUGGACAGUUUAGAAUUACCUUCCACUUCAUCUUCCAUCGAAGUUUGGGGCGAAAUUGAACGUGAGAAAAAACCACCUGAAGAAAUUCAAGAAGUCCUUCUUUCGCUUUCUUAUUUACCCAGUGCUGAAAGACUCACUGUGGUCAUACUCAAAGCAAGAAAUUUAUUCCCAUCGCAGGAAAAAGAAACAUUGGAUCCUUUCGUAAAGGUCAGUCUACUUUGUGGCGAUAAAAGAGUAAAGAAGAAAAAGAAAACUGCUGUGAGAAAGGCAACGACGAGUCCUGUCUGGAACGAAGCUAUGUCCUUCAACGUUCCUGCAAGUUCUCUCGCAACAUCCGCGAUCGAGGUAUGCGUCUUAGAUUCCAGCAGCGAACUCAUCGGUGGAAAUGCUAUAGUUGGCUCUUGUAUAGUUGGGCCAGCUACAGUAUCAACAGGAUCAGGAUCAGAAAGUAGUAGCAAUCAGAGUCGAGAACAUUGGCAUCAUAUGACUCAGUCGCCAAGAAAGGCUAUUGCCAUGUGGCAUACACUUCAUUAAUUUUAUUUAUUAGACUUAAAUGUCAUCAUUCAAUAUUUAUCGAAGAAUUUCUAACGAGGCAAAUAUCUUAUAGAAAAAUCGAAAGAGAUAGGAUUCAAUAUUCUUAAAAGAAGAAAGAAUGGAGAAAAAAAUGAGAAGAAAUCUAAUCAACUAAUUUCGUAUUAACUUUAGAAAUCAUUUAAACGAUUAGUUGAUCAAGAUCUGAUAUUGGUAAAUGAAAGGAAUGUGUUUUAUCAUACUAGCAAGGUUCGAUACCAAUCUAUGAGAUAUCAUAAUCAAUAAUUGGAUCAGCAAAGGAAAAUAUAUAUCUCCUCUUCUUCAUACUCGUACUCUCUAAUCUAGAUAAUCCCUUGCUCACUUUUGUGAUAGCCUUAGGGAAUAUCGUUGAAUAACGAUAUAAAACAUAAAAACUAAGUAGUGUUAUUAUACAUGUAAAAUUGGAAAAAGAAGAAGAAAGAAAAAAAAGUAAGAAAAGCAAAGGAUUCCAAAUUAAUGUUACUGAAAAUCCUUAUCUUUCUGCAUUACGUUAUUAUCAUGUUUAUGUUACGUUCUAUUUUACUAUAUAUUAUAUAAUAUUAUAUAUUUUAUUGAAUAUGUGAUAUAUCAUAACAGAUUUAUUAUCAGUUGUGAAUUUAUGAAAAUUGAGAUUUUUAAUCUUAUUUAAAUAUGCCUUCCGAACGAGAACAUAUUUGAGUAAUUAAAAUGAUCUGCUUCAAUUCAUUUUAGAUUGAAGUUCCGAUUUGUUAUUAAUAUGUUUCAAUUACAUAUUAAAAAAUAUAUAUACAUAUUAUUACGUUAUGAAAAUAUCUUCGUAAAAAAAAAAGAAAAAGAAAAAAUCAUGUACCAUUUUACUACGAACGUAAGUAAAUCGUACAAACUAAAGUUUUAAGACAAAACACAUUUCAAUGAAACAUUUAGUAUUUCUAAUAAAACGUCCGACAAGAAAGUCCGAUAUUACUUUUCAUCGCAUGUGUAUUUAAUUCAAAAUAAAUAAAUAAAUGAAUAAAAAAAAGAAUAAAAAAAUAAACAUAACUAGAGGAGACUUAAACCGACUUAAUUAGGCCUAAGCCCUUUUAAAUGUGCAAAAAGUGUGGCCUCCAAAGAAUAUUGAUAAAAUAAUAAAAAGAAAAAAGAAAGAAAUUACGGAAAAGACAUAAUAAAAGAAUUAAAAAAAAGAAAUUACAACAAAAAAUUUAGACGCACGGAAAAGACACGGCUUGCUAUCGAAUUCGAAGGCCUAAAAAAUAUAUAUGUCUCUCGUGUAAAUGUAUUUAUUAUUAUAUUAUUAUUAUUAUUAUUAUAUUAUUAUUAAAUUAUAAACUAUUAACUGUUCGCUAUAAUAUUAUUAUAUUAUAUAUAUAUAAUUAAUAUAUAAUAUAUAUAAUAUAUAUAUAUAUCGGAAGUCGUUAUUGUUAAUAAUCGUACAAUUAUCGAAGCAAAGCAACAAAAAAAUGCAUAAACUGUAAUGUGUAGCACGAGACUAAUUCAUAUUCAUGUCGUCGGAAUAUUUAAAGGAAGAUGAUGAUCUAUAGAUACCAUCUCAACAAAAAAAAAAUAAAAAAAAAAGAUAAAAAACAAAAAAUUUAUUAAUUUAACAUAUUGAUAUUACGAUGUGUAAUAAAAAAAGAGAAAGAUUUAAAGAAAAUCAUUGAAAGGAUUAUACAUAUAUAUAUGUACAUACAUACAUAUAUAUAUACAGUCUUAUCUCGUUGCAUGAAUUUUCUGACCAAACUGUCAUAUCAUAAGAAAGAUAUUUUCAAAUCUGAAAAAAAAAACAAGAACAUUAUUAUUAUAACUUAAGCAGAUUCAAGAAAGAAAGCAUCAUUUAUUGAAAAAUGAUUAGAUCCUAUAGUGUGAUCCUUUUAAUCGUUUGACUGAAAAAAAUCACGAAUGCGACGUGAGAUCAUUAUAAAAUAAUAGAAAAAAAGAGAAAAGUAAGAUGAAAAUGAAAGAAAAGAAAAAGAAGAAGAAUUAAAUUAGUUAUAUAAUCAUUAUCCAUAUUAUAAAAAUGAGUAUAACAUAUAUAAAUAUGUGUGUGUGUGUGUGUGUAUGUAUGUAUGUAUGUAUAUGUAUGUAUGUAUGUGUAUGUAUAUAUAUAUAUAUAUAUAUAUAUAUAUAUAUAUAUAUAUAUAUAUUAUACAUAUAAGUACAACUAUUAUAUAAAGCAAAAAUUGUAGAAUCAAAGGAAUUUCGAAGAGGAAAAAAAUGAAAGAAAGAAAAAAGAAAUGGUUUAAUGAAAAAUAAAAAUGAAAGGAAAAGAAAAAAAAUGGAGGGACGCUUUAUUGUCAAAAAAUAAUCGGUCCGAAUCGUACGCUUAAACUUAUAUUUACACAGUAUUUCUAUUGUUCUACGUACACAUACAGCGAGAGGUAUACUGUUUGUAUUAAAUUUACACGUAUAUACAUAUAUACACGCAUAUAAACGCGUGCAUAUACAUAUACUUGAGAUAUAUAUAUGUUUACCGCCGUAUGAACAAUCAUCCCGGGUGUCUACCGAACUACUCUCUAUCUCUAAACUCUUUAAUAAUUUUAUGUUACGUAUAUAUACACACAUUUUUACAAACGAUCACGUUUACGUGAAAAAAAAAAUAAUCUUAUAAAGAAAGAAAAAAAGAAGAAUCUCACUUCACUUUCGAUAAUUAAGUAUUGUUCCUUUAUAAAUAUAUUAUACUUGAUAUCCUUUACAGGAAUUUUGCAAAGAAAAAAAGAAGAAGAAGAAAGUGUUAGUAAUUUCUAAAUCGAUAGACACCCUGUUGGUCGGACCUGAAUUUGCCUUGCACUGUAUAGUGAAAUACCGUCAGCAUGUUAAUUGUAUAUGUCGAGAAUAUUCUAUCAAAUGGAACUGCUUUUUAUUCUAUCGAUUGUCAAAUAUAAAAAAAAUGAUAAACAUAAAAAAAAAGAAUUACGUUUUAACUUCUUCUAUAUUGUAAUCGCAAAUUAAAUAAAAAUGAUCGAAAAAAAGAACAGAGGGGAGAAAGAAAAAAACGUUCUCCACAACUGGUUUUGUGGAUUUCUUACGAAUAAUAUCUAUCAUCUUGGUACGUACAGUAAUGUAUCUUACAUGUAAUGUGUAAUCUAUAUUUUUCUUGUAAUGUAUCCUUAUCGUGAUUUUAUUCGGAAUAAAGAAUAUAUUAUUUACAUGGUAAA